AUGGUCAACCUGGACGAUUUGGUCCGCGGCGGGUUCCAGCCGCGCCUUCCGACUUCGCUGCCGCCCCCAGGGCAGCAGCAGCAGCCGUCGCCGCUACCACGCCGACAGCCCGUCCCGUUGAUGCCUCCCGCGCAGCUUCAUCCGGGAGCGCCCCGGGUGGUCGCUCCGGCGCCUGUGGUCCCUCUUCAGUCGCCACCGCCUUCGGAGCUGAUGGACGUCGACCCCUCAGCCGGGCCGCCUUCCCAAGCGGUGGCUGUGCAACCUGUCCUGCAGCCGCUUUCCUUGGGCUCCCCCAAGGAGUCUGACACCGCAGCGCCUUGUCCGGCGCCCACUCAGCAGCCGUCGCCGCAGCGUCAGGAGACGCUGCCUCUCUUCGUGGGUCCCGACGCCCCGUCGCGUCCAGUACCAGAAGCUGCGCCCGUGGUCACAGCGCUGUGCUUUGCUGGCGGCGGGGUGUUUGAGCCGGAGCCGUGGGUGGAGCUGGUGCGGUAG